AUGCUCAGGAGACAUGGAAACACUGACGAAAAUCACCUCAAGGCAAAAGAGUUUUUCCACCUACACGGCAGGAUAUGGUGAGAGACCAGAUCAGAUACUCAGUUCUUCACACGUUGGCUUUCGCCACUACAUAUCAUACAGUUAGCCUUAGCCUCCUACUGUACAACCAUCCUGAAGUCUCGCAAGUUUACAGUCUGUUUCGCUACACGAAACGAGAGUGCAGCGGUCAGGAUAGUCAUGGAUCAGGCUAUCAUACAGUAUCCUGUAGUAUGAUAUUAGUGUUACAUCAGUACGUAGUGUGCCUAUGCCAGAAGUAGCCUUACCUGUAUACAAUGAGGUUUGAAUAAAGGGAUGCAACACAUUUCAUCUCCACCACUGUAAUCUCUCCAUGACUGUGGUCACUGGUCAGACAGGGUUAUUGCAAGGACAUGACGAUUCAAGUUUGACACAUUGAUGGAGGUUUACAGUACUGUAAAGCCCCAUUCAUAUCCCCUUAACAGGGAUUAAAGUUGGGAAGAACUGAGUAUUUUUGCUACAGACCAAAAUUACCAGUCAGGUUGGGAGAGAGAGUGUGAGGGUGGGAUAGGGAGUGUGAGGGUGGGAUAGGGAGUGUGAGGGUGGGAUAGGGAGAGAGAGUGUGAGGGUGGGAUAGGGAGAGAGAGUGUGUGUGAGUUAGAUUAUCCUCUUACACUGCGCUCUGGUUGCAGUCCAGAGUGGAAGGUAAUCUGUAUUACAGUAACUGGUCACAUGACCUGUUUGGUUGUGCCUAUGAAGAAUCAUAGCGAUUUGGUGAACCAUGCAAAAUAUACCUAUACCGUAUCAGUAGCUGGGGAAAUACAUUGAAUGUUGUAUUGUCACAUCUACUGGCUCCAAUAUUGAGUGCAUUGUUGUAAACUCCUGGCAAAUGCUUUUGGCUUUAUCCUUCAAUGAUGCUGAGUGCACAUAACAAUGUAAUACAUUUAUAAUAAAUGUUUUAUAAACAUGAUUAUGUUGGCUGGGGUAUCCAACUGCAUUGUUUGCAUGUAUUAAGAGCAUUGCAUUCUUUACGACAUCUCUUUUUUCCCCACAUGUUGUUGACACAGUGUCGUAGACAAUGAGUAACCAGAGCCUUGCCAUCAGGCAGCUCUGGUGUCCUGUUCUGCAAGAGCGCUCUUUCAUUGUCUCCCAGACAUUGGUUUAUCUCGCAUCCAUUUGGGAGAAUGGUUGUAGGAAUGGUUUCUCUCUCAUUGCUGUGGUGAUAAGAUACACAGUAUUUUGCUGUUAAUACACAAUAGUCUCAGGUGUAGGGAAUAUGUCAAUCUCUCGAAUUUGGGCUUAUAUGAAAACAGGUUACAUUUUGUGUUGAUGUAUGAAUUGUUUGCAUGGGGUAGAUUCAACAACGUCAGUUCAAUUUAAAAUCUGAUCUAUUCAUGAUAUACUGACAGUUAUCUGUAUGAAAUGGAAGCUGUUGUGGAAGCGAGGCAGCGGUUAUCUUUUGUGUUCAGUCUGUGUGAUCGUCUUUUAUCUCUGUGUUCCCCAUGGGCUUUGUACUCAUAGCAACAUGACUGCUGGUGUUCGUUGCUCAUGUGAAAUAAGUAUUGUGUUUGCUGCUAACCAUUCAGCAAAUGAGUACAUUGCAUUGCAACACACUGCAAUGUAGCUUGUGCAAUUUAAGUACCACCAAGACAUUACACAAUUGCACAUUAAAUAUAGGAACGAACUGCAAAAAUCUCUGAAGCUGGAGACACUUAUCUCCCUCACUAACUUUAAGCAUCAGUUGUCAGAGCAGCUUAUCGAUCACUGCACCUGUACACAGCCCAUCUGUAAUUAGCCCACCCAACUACCUCAUCCCCAUAUUGUUAUUUACAUUGUUAUUUAUUUUGCUCAUUUGCACCCCAGUAUCUCUAUUUGCACAUCAUCUUCUGCACAUCUAUCACUCCAGUGUUAAUACUAAAUUGUAAUUAUUUUGCACUAUGGCUUAUUUAUUGCCUUACCUCCAUAACUUACUACAUUUGCACACACUGUAUAUAGAUCUUCUAUUGUGUUAUUGACUGUACGUUUUGUUUUUGUUUAUUCCAUAUGUAACUCUAUGUUGUUGUUGUUUUUAUCGCACUGCUUUGCUUUAUCUUGGCCAGGUCGCAGUUGUAAAUGAGAACUUGUUCUCAACUGGCUUACCUGGUUAAAUAAAGGUUAAAUAGAAAAAUAAAAUAGUAUUUUAGCCAUUUAGAAUUUCAAUGAAGAUCAAGAGUUGUCUGAAUCCAAAGUCAAGUAUUUUAUCAAGAGUGUCAGUGAGGUAGGGUUUAUUUACUGAUUGGAGACGUGUGGGUCACGUGACCUUGUAACUAUCCAGAACUUCCUGGUUACCUGUGUGCAACCUGAGAGGCUUCAUAUCUACCUCAUUUAUGACUGGAUACAUCUGGCACCUGAAUAUUUAAAACUAGAUCACAUUGCUGAUUACUACUGGAUGAAUUAUUGAUCAUGGCUGAUUAGCAUGAUUUGGUCAGGGACAUGUUGCUAGGGUAGACACAGAGACACACUUUUAGCAGAACGUGAUAGGGAAUCAACUGUCACAAACAAGGUAUGCAUGAAUUUUUAUUUUAGGAUAGGCUAUUUAGGCUUUUUUUUUCAGAUAUUUGAUAAUAUUUUGGAGAGUUCAGUUUGAGAUUCAGAGUGUUAUACCAUACUGUAUGUUAUGUAAUGUUUGAGGAUAAAGGAGAUAUGGGAUUUCUGAUUAAUGAUGGAUGAUGUUAUAUUGACAUGUUCUCUUUAGUGUUUGUCUUAGCAUUGUUGUUAUGUUACCAGUGCUUAUUGCCAGUGUGAUGAUUGAAAUUCAAAAGGAGACAUUAGAGAGGUGUAAAUGAUGUGUAACAUUGAAUUUCAUUUCAUUGAUAUGUGUGUCUUUAGUGAUCUGAAGUUAUAUCUAAAGACUGAUCUAACUUCAUACUGUUUUCCUUUUAACAACUUAUUUUCAAAAAUAUAUAUUUUAGCCACCAAUGUAGUAUUUUCAUGAGAACAACACCAGCUGGACUGGCAAUAUGUUACUAAUGCAGAUCGGAGGCUUGAGCUUAGUUUUGAAGUACCAGGAGAAAGUUGAUAUACUAGAGUGGGUGUCUGAUGCUGCCAGCCACUUAGGCCACACAGCUGCUCUCUAGCAAUAUGAGCCUACUGUUGUUACAAAGCCUGGCAUAGAUGCCUGGGCAACAAGGGAACAACAAUGUAUUCAAUGCACUGAGACUCAAAGAUGCUUAGAAACAAAAAUGUUUCCAUUCGUUGAGAGUAAUCAAUGGCUCAAAAAUAGCUUUUUGACCUUGUUGAUGCAAAAGGCAUGUGUGAUUUACUGUAUUUUAAUGGGACUGAGCAGGCAGAUUGAUUUCCGGGUGAUCAAUGAUGAUAACGUUGGUUUUUACAGAAGUCGGACAGGGAGGAAAAUGAUUGGGCGGUUUGCCUAAUGUUACAAAUGCAGACUUUCAAAGAAGGCUAUUGUCUCCCGCUUGUCCACGCCAUGUUUGGUUUCUUUGAGGAAGGACACAUUGAAGGACUUCAGUCACCACUUUGCUCUGUGUGUUUAUAAAUCUCCUCAAAUUACUGUUAUAUCCAUCUAGUGUCAAGCCAUCACUCACCCUGCUCCUACGCCAAUUCAUAAAUCUAUCCACGCUGGUGCAGUGACAGAGAGCCCUGGUGGUCCAAAUAUCGUUUAUGUUUUUCACGUCAACCGGUACUCAAAAUGAAUGCUCCCCCAUCUCCCUCAGGGUCAGUCAACCUCUGUGAUACAUUGCACUUAUGUGACAAACUGAAGCGAUGGGAGAAUUGAACCCCUCUCACUGAGAAUAUCAAUCAUUCAGGGAAUAUGGAAUACAUACAUAUGUAAAUAUGUUUUCCUGAUCCAUCACAUCGUACUACUACUCACUCAGGUGUAUGUUUUGGCACCUCAUGCUUUGCACCAUUGACCCAUCAUACCUGUCAUGUUGGUUAUGUCCUCACUGUAUACACCUCAGAAUGAUUUAUUACACGCCUAACCUCUCGGCUUUGAAAAUAGUGACUUACAGUGCAUUCGGAAAGUAUUCAGACCUCUUCACUUUUUCCUUAUUUUGUUACGUUUAAGCCUUAUUCUUAAAUUGAUUAAAUUGUUUUUUCCCUCAUCAAUCUACACACAAUACCCCAUAAUGACAAAGCAAAAACAGGUUUGUAUACAUUUUUGCAAAAGAAACAGCAACUGAAAUAUCACAAUUACAUAAGUAUCUGCAGAUCCUCUCAAGCUCUAUCAGGUUAGAUGGGGAGCGUCGCCGCACAGCUAUGUUCAGGUCUCUCCAGAGAUGUUCGAUCGGGUUCAAGUCCGGGCUCUGGCUGGGCCACUCAAGGACAUUCAGAGACCUGUCCCGAAGCCACUCCUGCGUUGUCUUGGUUGUGUGCUUAGGGUCUUUGUCCUGUUGGAAGGGAACCCAGUCUGAGGUCCUGAGCUCUCUGGAGCAGGUUCUCUUCAUCAAGGAUCUCUCUGUACUUUUCUCCGUUAAUCUUUCCUUCGAUCCUGACUCGUCUCCCAGUCCCUGCCGCUGAAGAACAUCCCCACAGCAUGAUGCUGCCACCACCAUGCUUCACCGUAGGGAUGGUUUUGGCCAGGUGAUGAGCGGUGCCUGGUUUCCUCCAGACGUGACUUUUGGCAUUCAGGCCAAAGAGUUCAAUCUUGGUUUCAUCAGACCAGAGAAUCUUGUUUCUCAUGGUCUGAGAGUCCUUUAGGUGCCUUUUGGCAAACUCCAAGCGGGCUGUCAUGUGCCUUUUACUGGCUUCCGUCUGGCCACUCUACCAUAAAGGCCUGAUUGGUGGAGUGCUGUAGAGAUGAUUGUCCUUCUGGAAGGUUCGCCCAUCUCCACAGAGGAACUCUGUCAGAGUGACCAUCAGAUUCUUGGUCACCUCCCUGACCAAGGCCCUUCUCCCCCAAAUUCCUCAGUUUGGCCGGGCAGCCAGCUCUAGGAAGUGUCUGGUGGUUCCAAACUUAUUACAUUUAAGAAUGAUGGCCACUGUGUUCUUGGGGACCUUCAAUGCUGUAGAAAUUUUUUGGUACCCUUCCCCAGAUCUGUGCCUCGACACAAUCCUGUCUCGGAGCUCUACGGACAAUUAUUUCGACCUCUUGGCUUGGUUUUUGCUCUGACAUGCACUGUCAACUGUGAGACCUUAUAUAGACAGAAGUGUGCCUUCCAAAUCAUGUCCAAUCAAUAAAAUGUACCACAGGCGGACUCCAAUCAAGUUGUAGAAACAUCUCAAGGAUGAUCAAUGGAAACAGGAUGCACCUGAGCUCAAUUUCGAGUCUCAUAGCAAAGGGUCCAAAUAUUUAUGUAAAUAAGGUAUUUCUGUUAUUCAUUUGUAAUACAUUUGAAAAAAUGUCUUAAAACCUGUUUUCGCUUUGUCAUUAUGGGGUAUUGUGAAGGGGUCUGAAUACUUUCCGAAUGCACUCUAUCCUUAAUUUAUGACACUAUGGGGCGGUUUCCCGGACACAGUUCAGGAUUAGGCUUAAUCUGUGUCCAGGAAACCACCCCUCAUUAUGCAGUUACUUAGUAUGACUUAAACUUGACCUUUCAGGGAUAAUGACACCAAAGUCAGAUUGAAAAUUAUAUUUAAUUGUUUUAGAAACCUCUUUCAGUUUGAUAUGUGUGGAGCCUGGGGGCGGGGUUGGUUCUGUGGUAGACAAAUACACCAGUCAAGUUAAUCUCAGGCCAAUCCAAUUGAUUCUGAAGAGAUUUAAGUGUUCUUAGUGGAGUGUUCCUGGACAUAGACAGGGUCCCUGUGGUGCGCACUAAUUCAGUGUCCCAGUGCAAUGCUACUUGUUACAUGUCCUCUCGGGGAUAAGCAAGCUUCAUCUGUGUAGGUCUUGUUUUACUAUGAAACACCUUAGUCGGUUGUGUGCACUGCCCAAGGCUUAAUGAGUCAGCAGAAAAUAACAGUCCCGAUGUAAGUAUCGUCGUAUGGUUUGAAUUUUGCUUUCUCUUCGACAGUUUUAAAUCUGUUAAGUGCCUCCCAUGGCCAAAUAUAUGUGUCAUUGAGCUCAAUCAGUGGUGAAGUAAUUUACUGUAUAACAUAGCAAGCUGUUAGGUUUUUUACUGUUGAUAUAUCGCUAGUGAGAAAGUGUGUUUUGGUGGAGCAUUACAUGCAGAUCAGUGUGGUUAAAGCCAUAUGUGUGAUGUUUUGAAGCUAAACCUAAAGCUAUGGUGACACGUUGCCUGCCAUCUUUCCUUGAUUAGCAAAGCUUCCCCUAGAGAGGAGAAAGUGUUGGCAGGGAUAUAUAUUUAGUUCCAAUGUGUUUACAUGAAUGAAGCAUUUCUCUUGGAUCUCUAUUAUUCAAUGUAGGAGAUCGCUGUAUGGACUAUACCCUUACAAGGCCAGUAUGAUUGGUCUGGAGAGCCUGGCGGAUCCAUCGAGUGACUGGGAUAUUGCAGAGACCAUUGGUAAAGGAACCUAUGGAAAAGUCUACAGAGUGAACAACAGGAAGGAUGGGAGUCAAGCAGCAGUCAAAGUCCUGGACCCAAUCAAUGUAAGUAAUUGCAAAAGAGCAACAAUCAAUUCAUAUGCCAUCUUGUGCAUGGAGCAUAAUUGCUAUGGAUCUAGCAAGUUUAGGUGCUCUCCCUCCUAGAAAUGUCAACCCUGACCUGUGACAACGCUAAACCAAACAAAUUAAUAAAGGAAAUCAUCUCUGUUUUUCUUUACUAUUGUUUGGCUUGUCUCAGUUUACUAGGCAUACAAACAUAGCAAGUUUAUUUGCUUAUUUCCCUGUACCUGCCUACUCCUCCUCCUGUACCUGUCCCUGUGUUUACUGUUCUCUAGUAGAUUCCCCACCUACAGUGGCGUGUCCAUGGGGUGGCCCAGGUUGGCCACACCAGUGGCCCCCUCAGAAAUUCUGAGCUCUGAUAGGUCGUCUGUGAAUAUAUUGACCGACAGCAAGACUCCUCAAUCGAGCGAAACAGCGCCCCUGUCUUAGUAUGUGUAGCCCAUGUAUCAGACAGAAUGAGAUACACGGUCUACAGAUACUAAGACAGAGGGGUGAUGUUUGCUUCACUCCAAUGCUUUCUCUGGUGAAAUAGAUUCAGCCUCUUGCGAAUUAUGCCACUUGCGAAUGAGCCUCUUGCGAAAAUUAUGAAACACGGAUAGACACGAAUGAGAAAUAGUUUUCUACGUUUGUUUCUCUUUUUAUUGUAAAACAUUUUGGGGAAGCCUGGCACCCAUGAAUACGCGCCACUUUGUCAUUACACUUAUGGUGUUUGUAAUAGAUGUCCCUUUCCAUUCAAAUGGCGGGUGCACAGUGCACUGUUCAGAUGCUGGCCUUAUUUUGGAGUAGACAAAAGUGCGCAAUUAACCUACUUAACUACUUUUUGAAGUGAUUUGUUUGACAAUCAGAUAAAAACAUAAUGUCUGAUUGUGUUCAUGACAAAUUAAAAGGUAAUACAUUUUUACAGUUAAAUUAAAUGUCUUUACUAAAAAGGCCAUAAAACAUUUUCAUAGGAGGUCCCUUAAAAAGAAUGGAGACCCCCCCGAAUGUCACGGUAUAAUUCGCUCUCUGGAUGGCUCUUUCAAGUGAAUUUACUGCUGUAUGCUAAUACCCUUAUAUAAAAUCCUGACCUUCCAUGCAAACACUGUAACAAUACUUUUGGAAUUGAUUUAUAUAAGGGCUGAAGCAUUUCAUGCGUUGAACCAUUAUAAUUAUAUUGAAAAAUCCACCUUGCGAUUGAUUAAGGUUCAAAAUGUUAUGGCCCCCCCUAAACUGGGUCUGUGGCCUACCUUGGCCAACCCAUUCAACAUUUUCUGGACAUGCCACUGCCCACCUGUUUCCAUUUUCAUCUAUUUUCACUCCAUUUCUACACCCACUUUCCACAGUCAUCCUAACCAGUCACUGUAUCUCCCUUCCCAAUUAUGCAUGUGUCAUUACCUUAGUGAUGUGCAGCAAGCUGCUAGACCUGUCUGUGGUGCUGAUGCCUGGGACCAUGGGCCCUGCAGUGGCGCCAUGUUGUGUGUUUGUGAGAUUCAGAGCUGAGUGCUUGCUUAUGAUUGUGUCAGUGCUCCAAUCCCUCUUAUGGCUCUCUUGCUAGCCCCCUGCUGCAGCUCCCUGCCUGCCCGGGUAUGAAGAUGUAGCUGCUUCCCUGCUCAUCCCUCUCCUUGAUUAGACCACUGACAGUAUAUUUCACACAGCCAGGAAGAGGAGUACUGCCUCUGUGAUGCUUUUUCUUCACUUCCACUGAGAUUUAAACUGAUGUAGAAGACACUCCAUUGGUACAUCUGACCAGUAACUAGUUUCCCCAGUGUUUAAUGGUUCCGGGCUGUGAUUGAAGGUGUUUUAGUUUCCUUAUAAUCUAAUUUCAACAUCCUUUUUUUUUUUAUGUCAGAAGUUUCAGGACAGUUUGUUGUGUGUCUUCUUAUGAAUGAUGUGUUGUUCCACAGUCAAAAUGGGGUGUGACUGAUGUUAAUGUGUUCUCCUUGUCAAAGGAUGUUGAUGAGGAGAUUGAGGCUGAGUACAACAUCCUGAGGACCUUGUCCAACCACCCCAACGUGGUCAAGUUCUACGGCAUGUUCUACAAGUCAGACGACCUCUCAGGCGGACAGCUAUGGUUGGUUCUAGAGGUGAGAUCCCCUGGGUUAUUCUGUCUUGCUUAUAAAGUAAGACUUUGCCCAGCUUUACAGUCCAGUCAUAUACUGUAUAUCUAUAACAUCUGUACAUCUUCAGCACUGCAUAUAUGUAGUUAAUCAUUAAAGUGCUCAUACUGUAUGACUUUGUCACGGGAGGCAAUAUAGCCCAGUGGUGUUUGCUAUUCAAACAUUACAGUCUGGUUGUGCUCAAUAUAAGUAGCUGCACUUUAUCUCCUGUGUUACAUCUCCUCCACUAUGAUCACCAUAGUCUUACAAUAUCUGCAGCCCAUCUUUGUUGUUGACUGUUUGAGAAGUAGAAGGAUCACAAACAGUAGAUUUACUUUAAAUCAUGGGAGGGAAAUCCAUGGCAGAGCUGAGAGGAGGUCACCCUCCUACACUGGGGAAAAUCGCAUGUUUAAAAGCUCUGGAAGAAGGAUUCGUGACGCCAGUCUAGUUGUAUGUGUGGGAGGGAUGGCUCUUGUGUGAUGAAUCAUAAUCUAGAGUGGUGAGUGAUGGAGGAGCCGCUGUUCUCUCUCUCACUCUGUCUCUCUCUCUCUCUCUCUCUCUCUCUCUCUCUCUCUCUCUCUCUCUCUCUCUCUCUCUCGCUCGCUCUCUGUCUCUCUCUCUCUCUCUCUCGUCUCUCUCUCUCUCUCUCUCUCUCUCUCUCUCUCUCUCUCUCUCUCUCUCUCUCUCUCUCUCUCUCUCUCUCUCUCUCUCUCUCUUCUCUCUCUCUCUCACACACACCACACACAGCUGUGCAACGGGGGCUCAGUCACCGAUCUCAUCAAAGGCCUGCUCAUGCGGGGCCAGCGACUGCUGGAACCCGUUAUCGCAUACAUCUUAUGCGGCGCCCUCUUGGUAAGAUGGCCAACUGCAAAACACCUAAUGACAGAAGGGGCUGGCAUCCACACACAGUGGGCAGGGGAUUGACUCAGGUGGUGGCGGGGUGUGGGAGUAAAAGAUGUCCAUCCCUUUAAACAGCAGGGAGAGCUCUUUGAUAUGCAUGGCAGUAGACAGCUUUAUUUGAAAUUGUACUAAUCACAAACCGUUAAUAAUGGGGUUACUGACACUUAUUAAGCCCCCCUUUGUUUCCCUCCUCCCGCCUGCCAGGGUCUCCAGCAUUUACACAACAACCGGAUUAUCCAUCGUGACGUCAAAGGAAACAACAUCCUUUUGACCACCGAGGGAGGGGUCAAACUCGUUGACUUUGGUAAUGGCUUGUGUUAUCCUGUUGUGGGGGCACUUUGGCCAAUUGAUGGCUUGUAGAAAGAGAUACAUGCAUAUUACAGGGAGACUCUGGGAAGUUGUUUGUGGGCUCUGUUUCUUCUGUCUCGGUCUUCAUUUAACAGAUGAUUUAUCAUAGUUGAAAGUUAAUCUAUGUAUUUUUGUCCACAAAAAUUGAUAAAGGGUAUAUGAUGAAUACAAGCAUAUGGGCAUCAAUGCUUCGAUGCAGUCCACAUAUUUCUUCCCCCCUACCCUAUGUAACAUCUUUGUAUUUCAUGGACCAUAGCUUAACCUAAGGCUAUUAUUGCUAAUUUAAAUUGCAUUAUUUUAUCCUUUGCAUAUGAAAAGAAAACUGCUCUGGCAAAUGACUCUGAGUUGCCCCGGGCAUGUUUAUGUCCUUGUGUGUUUGGAAUGAAGUGGACUCCUGCUGAUAAAAAUCUGUCCCACUUAAUUUGAAAUUAUUAUUGCCAAUUUAUGUUGGUAUGGCAGGUUGCCACACCAAAUGAUAUGCCAUAUUGCUAUUGAUUGAUUCACACACACUUUCCCUCUGUAAUUCACAUUCAUGUAAUAUGCACACAGAUGCACGACAGCAUAUUAAACAACUGUGAAUAUGUAAUUAUAACAGGCUAUAAUGUGGUAUAAAACAAACAAUCUUAUUUUGGACCAAAGACUGAUGCACUGAGAAUGAGGUGAUUUAUUAAUUAGCCUAAAUUCUAUCCAGGUGUCUCUGCUCAGCUGACGAGUGCACGUUUGAGAAGAAACACAUCCGUUGGCACUCCCUUUUGGAUGGCACCUGAGGUUAGCCUUUUUUUUUACAUGCCCCACUAAACCCCUUUGCUUGCAAUUGCAUGAGAACCCUAAGCGCCAAAAUAUCCUACAUGAUGACACCAUUGAGUUGCAUUAGAUGUGCUAUGUGGACUGUAGAGAGAGAUAGACGAGUGAGUAUGUACUCUGCUGAGGCUGUUCAAAAUGUAAAACCCCCUUGUCAUUGUGCAUUCCCCUCCACGCUCCCUGCUCUUGAGGUUGCCCCAAGGUUAAUAGCUGGGAGUCUGCUGCCCCAGCUUACUGUUUGGCAGAAAUGAGGCAUGAUGAUUGGGCUGGUAGGAGGGGUCCUCAGGGGCAAUUAGAAUAAAGGAGGCUGUUCAUUUUGGUCUCAGUAAUGAUUUUUGAUGGUGAGAGAAGGGAGCUCCAAUACCAGUUGCAACUUCCCUUAUCUGAUGAAUGAAUUUAACUGCUGGAAUCAGAUAAGGUUUGGACAACAAUGGAGAAGACGAUCAAAUCAUUUUAUAAUUGCCUGUGUUUAAAAUACACAUUGUAAUGUUGAUUUGAAAAGGUCCACAAAAACAGUCAGUACCUCACUGUUGCGAAGGCAUUAUCAUCAUAUCAUCCUGGACAGUAAGAAACAUGGCAGCAACUUGCAUGAGAAGUGUCUACCUGCUUGUGUCAUGCUUAUCCUGCCUGUGUCGUCCCAGGUCAUCGCCUGUGAGCAGCAGUAUGACUCCACGUAUGACGCCCGCUGUGACGUGUGGUCACUGGGCAUCACAGCCAUAGAGCUGGCUGAUGGAGACCCCCCGUUGUCUGAGAUGCACCCCGUCAAAGCCCUUUUCAAGAUCCCACGGUAAGGCACUAGAGGGCUCCCUCAGCACACAGCAGGCUGGGGCAGACCAGACACACAGCAGCAGCUGCACUUUCAUAAAAAGCUUUUGAUUUUGGCUGGAGGACAAUGGUAAACUGAAUUUAGGAGUGAAUCAUCACAGGGCCCUUUCUCUGAAAAAUUAUGAAAUGCCAAAUAUGGCAAGAAAUUGUAAAGAUUCUUAAUGUCAUUUUGUGUGGUCAUGAAAUGCAGUAUAGACCUGGUAUAAAUGCAUUAAAUCAGGAAAAUAAUUAGCGUGCUACAAUGCGUGUUUCCAAGCUACAAGGCUAAAUGAAUAGAAAAUUGCAAAAUGAUAAACGGAUCAGAACUGAUCAAGAGUUAAUGGAACGAUAUUUGGCCUUACCCUUAAAUCUGUUAUUUAAUCUAAAAACUCUCCUCUGAUGUAGACACAAUUUCUGAUUCAUGAUUAUUUGAAAGGUUUGAUGGUACAAGUGGCUGACCUUUUACUGUUGGCACAAUCGCACAAUUAUCUCUCAGUUUGGUGAGGAUGUGCCCUUCUGAUUGCAAUUUGCAUUGGUGAUUAGCUCCAUUCACAUUGAGAUGAGGCUGUCACCAGCCACCCAUCACAGUGUUAUCUCCACCCCACCAAACCUGAUGAGAAACAAGCAUGCAUCGUGUCGCAGUACUAGUUAUGGGAGCUACAGCAGAGGUUUAUCACACCAAACUCAAGUGAACGUAAAACAGGUCACAGCAAUUACAGGCUCAGAGGAAGCUGUCCUGGUCAAACAAACGCUCCCAAAUCACAAGCCUGGAAUAACACUCUGCUGGGUCUGGAAGGAGGCAUGCAUUCAGUCAUCUGAUUUGAUAGGAUGGAACCUUUUCAGUGGGAUGUACACAUGGUCAGCUCCUAAAUUCUGUAUAGUGCUGAAUUGGUGAUUGGCCUGUUUUGGUGGAAGGAUGAAAACAACAGACAACACCUAAAAUAGAUGCAGCUAUUGAUACAGUACCAGAGCAGGUUUUGCUUUCUGUGUCAAGGAUUUUAAUUGCCCUUAGAUAACAUUUACUAGAGGUCAUGAUAAACAAUGGAAGGGCAUGUGCAUUUCUCUUCUUUUAUCAUUCAUCCAUUUUUCUUAAUCACCUUUUAAUGAAAUAAUUUGACUUCAUGAGAGAUUUGGAAUAUGAAUAGAGUUAGACACGUGCAGCAAUCUACCAUUGUUAAAACUGGGGUUUCGUUUAAAAAUCAAAAUAGAUAUUUCGCCUUGGUCCAUAAAUCAUGGAAUUGGGACCUUUGGCUGGGCGGCUCCAGGAUAAAUCACAGUACGGGCACACUGAACCGUGAAAUGAUUCUGUUAACAUGUCAUCUGUCUCCAAUAUAUUUUCCCAUCAAUACAACAAGGCAGUCAAACGUAUAAGAGGAGGUUGCCUGACAGUGUCUGUCUGUUGUAUGUGCAUUCUAUUUGAAACAGAGGACAUGUGUUACAAAAUUGUGUAUCUGUGUGUUGAUGCACUUUUAUUCUGCAAUUUGAGCACAGAAAUGAUAGUGAUACAAGAUGUAUUUCUUUAAUGAUUGUAAUGAGGUAGAUGUAAUGAUUGUAAUGAGUGUAUUUAAUGAUUGUAGUGAGAUAGAUGUAAUGAUUGUAAUGAGGUAGAUUUAAUAAUUGUAAUGAGUGUAUUUAAUGAUUGUAGUGAGAUAGAUGUAAUGAUUGUAAUGAGGUAGAUUUAAUGAUUGUAAUGAGUGUAUUUAAUGAUUGUAGUGAGAUAGAUGUAAUGAUUGUAAUGAGGUAGAUUUAAUGAUUGUAAAGAGGUAGAUUUAAUGAUUGUAAUUAGGUAGAUUUAAUGAUUGUAAUGAGGUAGAUGUAAUUAUUGUUUCCUGCGAGUGUUCCACACAUGCUUUAGUAGCUCUUUAAAUUGCCAUAAUCAGUGGCUUCUCCUGAUAAAGUAUUGUCCUUGGGAAUAAUAGGUUUUAUAAAAAAUGUCACAGACACUAAAACAUGCUAUAUUUCUUUAUGACAUAAGAUUGUAUGUCUUUGCACACAUUCCUGUAUUUCCAUCUCACAGUUCACUCAAUGGCACAGUAUAUUUAUUAAUCUGUUGUGUAAAUCCCAAGAUUAUUCCUAUGAGUAAGACAUUACCAUUCCAAACAUGGUCUAUAUUGGGUAUAAACACAAUGGAUGUGUUUAUGAAAUAUGGCAAUAACUGCAUAUUCAGUGUCACCAUCUAAAUCUAGUUGAUGCAUCUCUCUGGCUUCACCUAUAUCCUUCUGUGAUGAAGAUAGCAGUAUGUGAACCCUGGGUUGAGAUCUGAGAGGGUUCUGGUUGUUUUGGCUGGCUCAGGACUAUGCCCCUCGCUGUACUGCAGUAUCUCCUCCAUGUCAUACAACAGAUGGAGUGGCCUUAGGGUGUGGACUCACUGUGUAGAUAAAACAACAGCACCAUUAACGUAGCCAGGCCUCUGGGGCCAUUGACACUGGGGCUGAACACAGGCAGGACUACUGCAGGCCAUGUGAUAGAGCUUUAGAUUUGCGAUGGGAACUUGCACAGAAGGUAUCCCUUUCACAGCUACCAGUUUGAAGUGGUGAGAGGAGUUCAGAUCGCUGUCAGGGAAGCUGCUCUGCUCCUCCACUCCAUUCAUACCUGCUGCUUGCUCUUUUCCACAGAUAGCAUCAGAUACAAAGAAUUGUAUUGAUUCCAACACCAUUGUAAAUCACUUUUAACAGUAAACUAAUGCCGGCCCGGGAGCUAAUCAGUUGCAGAUAGACCUCCAAGAGCCAAUCACAGAUUCUGCACUACGGGAAACAGAUUAUAUGCCCUACAUCAUAUCAUGAUGAGAAGAUUGGAUGUGAUUUUGCCUGCUUUAUAGGAUGUCAUAUAUGUGGGGCCCAUGGUUAUCAUGAAUGUGGGUAAUGGAGCAUGUAAAAGGGUGAAGCUGUAAAACGGUUAACUGCAGAAUUAAUUACGGAAACUUGAGACGAUGCUCUCAGAUAUUCAAUAUGUGGAAAGGUUAAUUGCUUGAGCCAAUAUUCUCCAUGCUGUAUUUGCCAAACCCUGAGUAAAGUCCUGUGUAAAGUCAUAGGGAGAUGUGUGGUGUAAAAAGCCUGUGAAGGUUAAAGGUAAAUUAUGUGUUUAUUCGCACAGAUCCCAGUGGAUAUUAGCAAUAUACAGUGAGCUCCAAAAGUAUUGGGACAGUGACAAAUGUUUUGUUGUUUUGGCUCUGUACUCCAGCACUUUGGAUUUGAAAUGAUUCAAUGACUGUGAGGUUAAAGUGCAGACUGUCAGCUUUAAUUUGAAGGUAUUUCCAUCCAUAUCACAUUAACCGUUUAGAGAUUACAGCACUUACAGCACACAACAAAAAAUGUGUCACUGUCCCAAUACUUUUGGAGCUCACUGUAUAUAACUGGGCUUGUACCUGUCUGGAAAGAGAUGUGAAGUGAGGGAGAUAAUGGGAGUAGAUGAUGGGUUGUCAGAGCCAACAAAGGCUAAUGAAAUCAUAGGGCAAGUGAGCGGAAUCCCAACCAGUGUUCAGGCGAGAAGCAAUACACCAGCCAAAAGCCACAGGUAAUGUAAAGGCUGCAGAGCAGAACAGUCAAGAAUGAAAGACAUCGCUACUAUUUUUUCUGUUUUCUUUUAACAAUACUGUUCAUCCAUUUUGGAACGUAUUUGAUAAGGGUCCGAUUUUGAAAUUGACACCUGACCAUCAGCAGCACAGUAUGCAAGCCUUGGUUCAAUGUUAAAUGUAAACAUAAGUCUUAGCAGAAUGUAAACUGUGAUUCUUGUAUUGUGAACUUGACAUUCAGCCCUGGUAAGAUUUUGGUGAUUUUUAUGCACAUGAAAGGCUGGAGUUGGGGUGAAGAUUUAUGCUUACUCUUCUAUAAACUGUGAGACUUUUAGAUUGAGAUACGUUCAUUUCAAAGUUAACUCACACAGCUUUUGGCACAUACUUUUCACAACAAUUGUUCGGCAUUUUGUAUGUGGAAGAUUACUAUUGACUACAUGUCAACUGGUCAAUCCAUCAUAGUCUGUAAAGCCUUGUUCACAUUGGCAGUUUGAAGUGACUUAAAUCCUAUUUUUUUGCAUAUCCGAUUAGAAUCUGUUCAUUUUCCUGCAGUCUGACUGCUGUGGCUAGCCAAAAUAGACCUGUUUUGAAAGUUGGAACAUCUUAUCCUUUGAGACUUUAGACUUUAGAAUAAUGCUGGAUCUUGUACUGUACACGACCCAUGUUUGUAUCUCUCUGUGGGACUUUUUACCACAAACGAUCAGUGGUCGUUUUUCAAAUGGCUUGUAAUGAUUUAGAGUCACGCUAUGGCUUAUAAACGAAUGUAGUUACUUCGCCACAAUUAUUUUUCAACAUUGUGUGGACAUUUGUUUUGAAAACUCAUCACUGGUUGUUCGGAGAAAUGUAGUAGUAAUAGAACACAGGCUGGAAAGGUUUCUGAUCUAAUUAUGCUAUUUUUUUUCAAAUCGUAUUUGAUUGUUUGUGACUAUCCAACAGCUAUCUUAGAGAAAAUGUAUUGUACUGAUCACGCUACUUCCCUCGUUCAAUAUCCUAUAGCUUUUAACAUAAUCUAAUACACAUCUGCCGUUUCGACCUCUGAGGUGAUAGGAUAUUGGUUGUGUUUAGAAUGGCUCUGUCUAUCUGUUAUGCAGUUAUUCCAUGUAGGCACACUCUGAUGCACCCUUACUGUCCCUGCUACAGUAUCAUGUGUUGGUGGCGAGCCUGAAGAAGACAGUAGAGAAUAAUGUGCAGCACUUUUCCGUGUUCAUUCAUGUGUGCUCAACAGAACUGCUGGUGCUCUCUGAUGAUAGAUGAGCUGGAGUUUGAGCGGUUGGCCCACAGAAGAAGUCUUUCCUGUGUUUCCCGUAGUGCUGCUAUUUAGGCCAUCAGGAUCACUUUGUUUUCAUGCUGUUGCCCCCUCAAAGUUCAAAGACUAGCAGAUAGUGUCUUUAUAUAUGAUACCCUGUGCAUUCCCAGGGUUCCCUAACUCGUGGCCCGCAGGUGGUUUUAUUUGGCCCACAAUUUAUUAUUAUUAUUAUUUAUUUUUGGGGGGGCAUUUUCAUUGUUGGACAUAAAAAACUGUAAAAACACCAGGAAAUCAGCUCCAAGUUAUUUACAUUUUGGAAAUCUGUUCCCAAUUAUUCCCACGCAUAAUAGAGAGACUUGAUUGUAUACAAAUAUAAGCAAGGUUUGAAAUGAUUAUGUUUUAGUCAAAUAUUAUAUCUGUUUGGGCUUCUUGCGAUACAUUUGUAGUCUACAAAUUAUUUGUUAUUAUGUUCCGGCCCACUGACCAUCUGCUCAAGAAAAAAUCAGCCUGUGGCUGAAUCUAGUUGAUUAUCCCUGCUAUGCUCUAGAACUAUAUCUACUGUAUGACAUUGGCUGUCAGGAUUCAUGUAAAUUAUCUGACAGUUUUUUUAUGUCUAUUAGGAAAAUGGCAAGAAUUAUGAGCUCUGCAUACAAAGUAUCAUAUUCAUGUAGGACACAAGCAUGCUUUUUUGUCUUUCUCCUGAGCUUAGUAGCAGACUUAGGGCUUCAAAAGUAGAGCUGAGAACCACUGAUUCUGCCUCAAUCCACUUUGACACACGUUUGACAGCACAAGGAGUGCCUGGACCUAGAUUUAAAUAAGCCAAUUGUGUUUACAAUAUGAGUUAGUGCUCCCACAUAUACUGGAAGGAAAAAUGCCUGAUUUUGUAAGCACAAUGAGGGUACUUGACAGUGUUAUCACCAAUGUGCUGGUGUAUUGACUUUGUAAUAUAUAAGCAGUGCAGUGGUACAACAUCAAGGCAAGAGCAUUGCUGCGGGCUCAUAUUAUAUUUUGCAUUGAAGCAGUCCAUUACAAGGCUUUGAUCUGCACUUCAGAAAGGACUGUCUGUCUGACUCUGAGUCUCUAUCAAAGACGUGUGUGACUUAGUGCGCAAAAUAAUGACACAUUCCCUCAGAAAAAUAAAGACGUUUAAAAGGCUCUCAUAUAUGUGUAUUUUUGACAUUUUUAGUCAUUUAGCAGAUGCUCUUAUCCAGAGCGACUUACAGUUAGUGAGUGCAUACAUAUAUUUUGUUUUUUAAAAAUCAUACUGGCCCCCCGUGGGAAAUGAACCCACAACCCUGGCGUUGCAAACGCCAUGCUCUACCAACUGAGCUACGCGGGACUAUCACAAAGCUUUGUUAUUGAUAAUGUUUUCUUAUCAAAGAAAUUAGAACCAUUUGUUCUUGGUUGUUUUUUCAUGCCUCAGAUGUACAAAGCUGUCUCCAUUUUAGAAAUUAGUUGAUGAAAGUUGAAAAUUAUGUUUGAAAGCUUAAGUGUAUAUAAGCACCCUAUCCAAAAUUACAGUAUGAGCAAAAUCAUAACUUUAAUCACUAUCUUCCCCAUUACAUUACAUUAUUUCUUUAUUUUCUUUGAUUAGCAUGUUUUGAACUAGUGGAAUGGUAACGCCCUGUUGUUGAGCCUUGGUUGUCACGAAUUCAGCCGAGGCUGCCGCUCCUCCUUGCUCGGGCAGGUUUCGCCGUUCGUCGUCACCGGCUUACUAGCCACUACCGCUCCAUUUAUCAUCACUCCAUUUGUCUUGUCUUGUCAAUCACACACACCUGGUACUCAUUCCCUCAUUAGUCUGUGUAUAAGUGUUCCCUCUGCCCCCUUGUCCUUUGUGAGUGAUUGUUCGUUGUGAGAGUGAGUAGCUCGGUUGAGCUACUCUUUACUUGUAUGCAGCCAAGGUUGAUUUUCCCUUGUGCUAGUUUCGUUCUGUCGCUAUAUGCGCUGCAUUAUUGUACACUGAAUAAACUCUUGAUUUCGGUGUUUUACCUCCUGCGCCUGACUCCGUCAUUCACACCUCAUCACAUUGGUACUGCCCUGGCUCCAUCCCGAUAUUAUCAACUGAACUAGUCUUGAGGUGCUUGCCUCAUUAUAGAUGAUCUCUUUAAAUGCUGCUGACAGAGGUAUUACUGGCUCCCGUAACUUUGGCUCCCGCUGGCAGAUGCUUCCUGUCAGACAGUUGAGGAGCUGUUUUCAUUUGUCAUUGACUAUUCUCAGCACUCAGAUUAUACCCAACCAUUCUGACGCUCCAGUCUCAUGAGAACUAUCGUGUUUAGGCCAACAACAACACCAUCAAUAACUUAAACGUUUCAGUUCAAUAUACAUUUUUCAAUGAUGAUUUUUGUGUUGUGUGUUUCGUUUCAGAAACCCUUCCCCUACAUUACGCAAUCCAGAGGAGUGGUGCAGAAGCUUCAGUCACUUCAUUGCCCAGUGAGUAUCCUGCUAUUUCUAUGACAAUGAAGUUGCUUCCUGCUGAAAUGAAUGUGUUUCUCUACACUUACUUACACAGUAAUGAGGAUGUUGGGUCUAUUCCAUUAGGAGAAUUUAGCUAUACAUGUUUAUUUGUGUUUAUUUAGUCUUUGAAGUAAUUGCAACCAACUGGCGCCAAUGCAGUUGGUUAAUGGUGAUGACAACAAAAUAUAUUCAUUCUUACUUUUUAAACAACACAAGCCUUUUACAAUAUUUGAAUGGGUUUCAAUGGCGAGACCUCAAUGUUUUCCCAUUUGGCCAAAGGGGCAGAAUGCACUGGUUACGCAUUUGGUUCUGGGCAUCCUUUGAUCACUGGAAAUGGAAAGGACUAGAAAUGGAUCUUUUUUAAGCUAGAUUGUCUCAACCCUUUUUUUCUUCCUCGCAUUUCCUCGAUUUUAAUUUGCGUAAAUCUGUCACAGAGGAAAAAACUCAUUCUGCUGAAUUAUCAGUUAUAUCUUUAGGAUGAGAUAAAUAAUCAGUCCCUCCAGUGUGGAAAACAAAUAAUGUCAACAUUGGCCAAUAAUAGUCUCGCUGAAUAUACAACCUUAAUAUCUAGCAUGCAGUGCAAGUUGGGGCAGAGAGCGAGGCAAUCUAUUUCUUCAGGUGUUAUUUGUGGGAGGUGAUUGUCUUCCCUCUGUGUUGAUAUUAUUAGUGGUGGAAUAGAUUGAAAGGCAGUGGUUAUUAAUUCAUUAUUAAUAAUGAAAACAUCAAACAGUACAGCUGUGAAUCCAUUAGGGGUAGUAGACUCAUCAGUCAGAGAUGGAUUAGAAGCUGUAGCUGAGUCCAAUCUAUAGUUGUAUUACCUGUGCACUACUGCCUUAUUAUAUUGUUAAAGCUUUGCUUGGAAUGAAGCCCCUGUCAUAAGGCCUAUCAUACAGGCCUUUUUGUUUCAUAAUGCACGUAGGAAAACCCUGCUUUAAUGAUGUUAUACCUUAGUGUGCCUUGUUAUUUAAUAAUUUGAUGAAGCUGGAGAGCUGAGAUGGUUCAAGGCCCACAUGCACAGUAACAAAUAGUUGGUGAUGUUGUGUUAUAGGUACCCUAAAGAAGCUGAUUUUGAUGGCAUUUACAGUGCCUUCAGAAAGUAUUCAUACCACUUGACUUAUUCCACAUUCUGUUGUGUCACAGCCGGAAUUCAAAAUGGAUUAAAUAUAUUUUUUUCUCACCCAUCUACACACAAUACCCCAUAAUGACAAAGUGAAAACAUGUUUUUAGAAAUGUUUGCAAAUGUAUUGAAAAUGAAAUAGAGAUAUCGAAUUUACAUAAGUAUUCACACCCCUGAGUCAAUACUUUGUAGAAGCACCUUUGGCAGUGAUUACAGCUGUGAGUCUUUCUGGGUAAGUCUCUUAAGAGCUUUCCACACCUGGAUUGUGCAACAUUUUCCCAUUAUUAUUUUCAAAAUUCUUCAAGCUCUGUCAAAUUGGUUGUUGAUCAUUGCUGGACAAAAUGUUUCAGGUCUUGCCAUAGAUGUUCAAGUAGAUGUAAGUCAAAACUGUAACUCGGCCACUCAGGAACAUUCACUGUCUUCUUGGUAAGCAACUCCAGUGUAGAUUUGGCCUUUUGUUUUAGGUUAUUGUCCUGCUGAAAGGUGAAUUAAUCUCCCAGUGUCUAGUGGAAGCCAGCUGAAUCAGGUUUUCCUCUAGGAUUUUGCUUGUGCUUAGCUCAAUUCCAUUUUCUAUUUAUCCAGAAAAAACUCCCCAGUCCUUAAUGAUUACAAGCAUACCCAGAACAUGAUGCAGCAACCAUUAUGCUUGAAAAUAUGGAGAGUGGUACUUAGUAAUGUGUUAUAUUGGAUUUGCCCCAAACAUAACACUUUGUAUUCAGGACAAAAAGUUAAUUGCUUUGCCAAAUUUUUUACAGUACUUCUUUAGUGCCUUGUUGCAAACAGGAUGCAUAUUUUUGAAUCUUUUUUUUCUGUACAGGCUUCCUUCUUUUCACUCUGUCAAUUAGGUUAGUAUUGUAACUACAAUGUUGUUGAUCCAUCCUCUGUUUUCUCCUGUCACAGCCAUUAAACUCUGUUUUAAAGUCACCAUUGGCCUCAUGGUGAAAUCCCUGAGCGGUUUCCUUCUUCUCCAACAACUGAGUGUAAUUAAUAACUUCACCAUGCUCAAAGGGACUUGUUUAUUUUUACACCUCUAUAGGUGCCCUUCUUUGCGAGGCAUUGGAAAACCUCCCUGGUCUUUGUGGUUGAAUCUGUGUUUGAAAUUCACUGCUCGUGUCACACUCGUCGGGUACAGAGGACCAAGGCGCAGCGUGGAAGGUGAACAUAUUUUAUUAAUUUGAAUGAUAACACGAACAAAAACAACAAACGAUAACGUGACGUCCAACGGUGCAAACCACAAACCUAUACAGGAACAAGAUCCCACAACCACUGUGGGAAAACAGCCUGUCUAAAUAUGGUUCCCAAUCAGAGACAACCAGCAACAGCUGACACUCGUUGCCUCUGAUUGAGAACCACUCUGGCCAACAUAGAAAUACAACAACUAGAAUACACAAAGGAAACUCACACCCUGGCUCAACAUACAAGUGUCCCCAGAGCCAGGGCGUGACAGUACCCCCCCCUAAAGGCGCGGACUCCGACCGCGCCAACCAAAUACCACAGGGGAGGGACCGGGUGGGCACUCCGCCUUGGCGGCGGAUCCGGCUCCGGGCAUGAUCCCCACUCCCUCUCUAACCCCCCAAAGUACCCCUGGUCCGGUCUGGCCCUGCUGACCGGAGCUGAACUGAACACUGGUGGAGUGGAUUGCUCUAGCUCCGGCGUGGAGCAGCUGACCGGUGCCGGACCAGGCACCGGUGGAACAGGCACGGGCUGUGCCGGACUGACGACGCACACCACUGGCUUGGUGUGGGGAGCAGGAACGGACCGAGCCGGGCUGACGAAGCGCACCACUGACUUGGUGCGGGGAGCAGGAACGGGCCGAGCUGGGCUGACGAAGCGCACCAUUGACUUGGUGCGGGGAGCAGGAACGGGCCGAGCCGGGCUGACGAAGCGCACCACUGACUUGGUGCGGGGAGCAGGAACGGGCCGAGCCGGGCUGACGAAGCGCACCACUGACUUGGUGCGGGGAGCAGGAACGGGCCGAGCCGGGCUGACGAAGCGCACCACUGACUUGGUGCGGGGAGCAGGAACGGGCCGAGCCGGGCUGACGACGCGCACCAUUGGCUUGGUGCGGAGAGCAGGAACAGGCCGGACCGGGCUGGCGACGCGCACCACAGGCUCGAUGCGAGGGACAGGAACAAGCCGGACCGUACUGGGGACACACACCACUGGCCCUACGCGGGGAUCAGGAACGGGCCGGACCGGACUGGUAACACACCCCAGUACCUCUCGCCGUGCCUCUACACUUUCCUUCCCCUUUAAUACCAGUGGCCCCCGUAACCUGGCGGCCUCCUCUGCCAACCCGCUGGACCGCUCUAUCGCGGCCUCCUGCUGCCCCGUCGUCCACGGCGUGAGCCCCCCCCCCUAAAAAUUUUCUGGGCGGCUCUCCUCUUGGACCAGGCCUCCAUGUCUCUAGCCAGACACUCACUCCACUGCUUCAAAGUCCAACCUCUCUGCUCUUCACUUGGCUUGGCCCAGUCGAGACUCUUACUCCACUGCUCCAAAGUCCAUCCUCUCUCCUCUUCACGCUGCUUGGUCCAGGUAUGGUGGGAUCUUCUGUCACGCUCGUCGGGUACAGAGGACCAAGGCGCAGCGUGGAAGGUGAACAUAUUUUAUUAAUUUGAAUGAUAACACGAACAAAAACAACAAACGAUAACGUGACGUCCAACGGUGCAAACCACAAACCUAUACAGGAACAAGAUCCCACAACCACUGUGGGAAAACAGCCUGUCUAAAUAUGGUUCCCAAUCAGAGACAACCAGCAACAGCUGACACUCGUUGCCUCUGAUUGAGAACCACUCUGGCCAACAUAGAAAUACAACAACUAGAAUACACAAAGGAAACUCACACCCUGGCUCAACAUACAAGUGUCCCCAGAGCCAGGGCGUGACAGCUCGACUGAGGGACCUUGCAGAUAAUUGUAUGUGUGGGGUACAGAGAUGAGGUAGUCAUUCAAAAAUCAGGUCAAACACUAUUAUUGCACACAGAGUGAGUCCAUGCAAAUUGUUAUGUUACUUGUCAAGCACAUUUUUACUCCUGAACUUAUUUAGGCUUGCCAUAGCAAAGGGGUUGAAUACUUAUUGACUCAAGACAUUUUAAGCUUUUCAUUUUUAAUUCAUUUGUACUUUUGACGUUAAUUUGACAAAAGAUGGAUCCCUUCUAGCCAUGACCCAGAGAGGCUUGAAGCACUGGGCAUCUUGUUAUGACAUGCAUUAUCUGAAUUAGCUAGGUCCACAGAAUUAUACCUAGGAGGAGCGGCUUCUAUUGAGGAACUUUAAACUGUCCUUUGAGCUAGCUAACGAACAAGCUUGAGCUAGCUAGCUAACAAGCUUGUGUGUGCAGAGCGGCACCAGAAUUGAAGACACCUCUUACCUUUUUGUAGUUAAUAAAUCCAAUGUGAAACUUGAUAACUUGGCAUAUAUUAUCCUUAACUAGCAUUGAAAAAGUUCAUAAUUCUUCUCUAGCUAAUAAAAAAUCUCUCUCCCUAUCUUCUGAAAUACGCCUGUAACAUCAGUACAGUAGACUAUGCUUCGGAGGGGGGAGGGGAAGGUAGCCUAAACACACACUGGCAAAGAUUUUCAGCUUGCAGGCAGACACUGGAAUAUCUUUCUGAUUGACAGAGUGAGGGCUUUGUUGCGUUUCUUUGUGGGACUAGAAAAAAAUGCCUGGAAUGUAAAAGAACGUUAUUAACCGGUUCCCAUGCUUUUAAAAUAACAUUUCUGUUCCAGAACAGUAUGGAUCACUUUUGAUCCCGUUUCCGUUUCUGUUUCUUAAAACAUUACGUCGGUUUUCGGUUCUGUUCCCUGGACAGGUUCCAACCCCUGAACACAACAAAAUGUGGGAAAAGUCAAGGGGUGUGAAUACUUUUUGUUUAUUGUAAGGAUCCUCAUUGUUUUCAUUUUUAUGUUCUUUAUUGAGAACGCUGACAUCUUUAUUGCUUCUCUUAAAAAACUCAGUUAUUUUACAUUUACAUUUUAGUCAUUUUAGCAGACGCUCUUAUCCAGAGCGACUUACAGGAGCAAUUAGGGUUAAGUGCCUUGCUCAAGGGCACAACGACAGAUUUUUCACCUAGUCGGCUCGGGGAUUAAAACCAGCAACCUUUCGGUUACUGGCACAACGCUCUUAACCACUAAGCUACCUGCCGCCCCCAUUAUUCUCUCUCAUUCUUCGCGAACACAGCUCAUACAACCAUUACUUGAUUUGUUCCUUAUAGCAGGGUUCCCCAACUGAUGGUGAUUUUAUUUGUCCUCCCCAAGUUUUCAGAGCAACAAAAUAAAGGGGGGUGGGGGACAUAAAAUAUUGUAAAAACAACACCAAAUCAGCUCCAAGUGAUUUACAUUUUGGAAAUCUGUUCCAGAUUGUAAGCAAGGUUUGAAAUUACUAUGUUUUAGUCAAAUGUUAUAUCUGUUUGGGCUUCUUGCCAUCAAUUUGCGGUCUACAAAUUAUUCGUAAUGAUGUUCCAGCCCCAUGACCAUCCGCUCAAGAAAACAUCGGCCCGCGGCUGUAUAUAGUUGAUGAUCCCUGUCUUAUAGUAAUGCAUCCACUUCUAUCCAUAUUCAGAUGCAAUGCAUUUUAUUGGGUGUUUUUUUAAUCGUUCUCUCUCAGUAGUAUGAGGUAAUGGAUUGUAUUAUAUCAGAUCAGAAAUAAUCUCCUCAAACAAAGCCCACCAGGCUACAAUGUGUGGAGCGUGGACAAUGUUAUCAGGCCUGGCAGGCUGUUUGUGAGGACUCUCCAGCCAGACCAGUGUGUGUGCGGGUGGGUGGGUAACUACUGUCGUUGCUCUUGAUAGUAAAUGCAUCAUCAGUGUCUGUCCCUGUGCAGCCUAAAGAGCUGCCUUUUAUAACAAAGUGGCCUGAUGUUUAGCAUCCUGGCUGCACAGCUCAGCUAAUGGCUACAACCUCUGCUUAAUGUCCUGACACAAAUUAAUUCGAUGAAUUAAUUUCCAGAGCAGAAAAACUGAUAGAAAGUGCAAGCAGAAUUUCAGCCCAGAUUAGGUAGCAGGAGUCCGAUUGGUGUUAUUCUCAUAUCUCUCGCCUGCCUGCCUGCAUUGUUGUGUUGCAGUACACCAAAACAUAUUCAGGCAUUUAAGUGUUUAGAUUAAGUACAGAAUGAUGGAUAUUCUGAAUGGAAGGGAUAGAUACAGUAUGAUGACUAUUGGUAACGUCUUUUCAGAAUAAAACAGGGGAUUUUGUUUAAAAAAACGUACAUUUCAAAUGGAGUGCUAGGCAGCUGGUUUAAAUACCCUCACCAUUUGAAACGGUAUCACACCAUGUCCAUGGACUACAUAUUUUACAAAUUAUUUUACAAAUUAUAUAAAGUUAUUUGAACAACAAUGUAUUGCCUCUGGAUUGAAAAUAUUUCAUAUUGAUUAUAUCAUAAUGUAAAGGCAGUAGAAUAGUGACAUCCCAGCUAACCACAAUUGGUUCUGUGAAAGGUCCCAGAACAUUUGUUAGGUUGCGGCAAAUGUUAUUUUCAUAGCACAAAAACUGUCCAGUUGUGCUGAUGAUUAUAAAAUGUUUGUAUAAAACAUUCGCCUGAUGUUGCAAGAACGUUCCCAGAAUGUUGCUCUCACAUUUUGUUGCGGCAGUAUGUUCUAAAAACAUGACUGGUAAUUUGGUGUUAUUACAUUACCUGGAAACCUAAUGAGAACAUUUGGGAAAUGUUCUGUGGUAGCUAUUACAGAUGUUGUACACAACAUUUUAGUGAAUGUUAAGAGAACAUUCCAAGGAUAUUUUUAUUUAAAACAUUUUCAGAAUUAUUUUUGGGGAUGUUAUUAUCCUAAUGUUAGAUAAAACCCUAACUAGAACUUAAUGGGAAUCGUAGCUAAUGUUCUGGGAAUGUUUCUCGGUUUGCUGGGAUAUGACCACUAUGACAAAAGGUGGGCUCUGAGUAAACACUGCACAUAGCAGAUAGGGGCCAUCCAGAAACAGACCUGUUUGCACUAGGGGCCAUGGUGAUGACCAGACCACGUGGUGCUCACAGAGGGGACACAGUGUUCAGUCACUCAGACACAGAAGCACUGAUGAGAAGCUCCAUAGAAGCACCCUACUGAACACCUACAUCUCCGUGUCAGAGAUAAUCCAGAAAAAUCUGCUUUGUAAGAUGUUUAGGUCAUUGUGCUCUGUGUCUCUUUAGUUUUUGUUAUUAUGUUAAAGUCUGUUGACUCAAAUAUAAAGAUGCACCAGCUGAAUUAGUGAUCAGAGGGUUUAAACCCAGAAAAAGGUUGGACCUGGGUUCUUUUUUUUCCUUCUUCUUUAUGAUGUAUUAUGAUGUUGUAAUUGCGUUCUCUCGCUACACAGGUGUCUGAUAAAGGAUUUUGAGACUCGUCCGUCUGUGACCCACCUCUUGGAACACCCCUUCAUUAAGCAGGCCCAUGGCAAAGAAAUGGCUCUCGGUCAACAGCUGUCCACACUCAUCUGCGAGCAACAAGACCUGGGCUGCAAACUCAAGACCAAGUAAGUGUGUCGUCAACUCAGAGAAAUGCUAACAUUUUCAGUUGAAGAAUUCUGAAAACAAUCCCCACUGCAGAACUCAUUGAUGUAUCUCUCUGAGAUUACAUCUGUUAAACCUAUCAAUCCAAUGAUGUUAUGUAUCUGUUAUUUCUGAUUAAUUCAUCUGCAUUGGAGAGACAAUGCUAUGGCGCAAGACAGAGUGAACUGGAUGAAAUGCUGAGACGAAAUGUGUUUUCUCACCAGUGGGUGGCAGGGUUUCAUUUCCUUCAACUGUUGUGUCCCUCCAAACUAGUGUAACAGAUACACUACAUGACCAAAAGUAUGUGGACACCUGCAUUGAACAUCUCAUUCCAAAAUCAUGGGCAUUAAUAUACAGUUGGUCCCCCCUUUGCCUUUUGGGAAGGCUUUCCACUAGAUGUUGGAACAUUGCUGUGGGUUCCAUUCAGCCACAAGAGCAUCAGUGAGGUCGGGCACUGAUGUUGGGCGGUUGGACCUGGCUGCAGUCGGUGUUCCAAUUCAUCCCAAAGGUGUUCGAUGGGAUUGAGGUCAGGACUGUGGAGGCCAGUCAAGUUCUUCCACACCAAUCUCGACAAACCAGUUCUGUAUGGACCUCGCUUUGUGCACAUGGUCAUUGUCAUGCUGAAACAGGAAAGGGCCUUUCCCAAACUGUUGCCACAAAGUUGGAAGCACAGAAUCUUCUAGAAUGUCAUUGUAUACUGUAGCAUUAAGAUUUCCCUUCACUGGAAGUAAGGGGCCUAACCCGAACCAUGAAAAACAGCCUCAGACCAUUAUUCCUCAUCCACCAAACUUUACAGUUACCACUAUGCAUUGGGGCAGGUAGCGUUCUCCUGGCAUCCGCCGACCCAGAUUUGUCCGUCGGACUGCCAGAUGAUGAAGCGUGAUUCAUCACUCCAGAGAACGCAUUUUCACUGCUCCAGAGUCCAAUGGCGGCAAGCUUUACACCACUCUAGCCGACGCUUAGCAUUGCGCAUGGUGAUCUUAGGCUUGUCUGCGGCUGCUCGGCCAUGGAAACCCAUUUCAUGAAGCUCCUGACGAACAGUUCUUGUGCUGACUUUGCUUCCAGAGGCAGUUUGUAACUUGGUAGCAAGUGUUGUAACCGAGGACAGACGAUUUUUACGCACUGUGCGCUUCAGCACUCGGCGGUCCUGUCUGUGAACUUGUGUGGCCUACCACUUCGCGGCUGAGCCGUUGUUGUUCCUAGACGUUUCCAAUUCACAUUAGCAGCACUUACAGUUGACCGGGGCAGCUCUAACAGGGCAGAAAUUUGAUAAAUUGGAAAGGUGGCAUCCUAUGACGGUUCCACAUUGAAAGUGUGGAGGCCAUUCUACUGCCAGUGUUUGUCUAUGGAGAUUGCAUGGCGGUGUGCUCGAUUUUAUACACCUGUCAGCAACGGGUGUGGCUGAAAUAGCCGAAUCCACUAAUUUGAAGGGGUGUCCACAUACUUUUGUAUAUAUAGUGUAUGAUGUGUAGUCAAAGUAAAUUAAAAUGAUGUGAAUUAAAAAUAAGUUAGGGGAGUGGGCCUAAUUUAAUAGGAGUGAUUGUGCUGACUCAAAGUUAGAUUAAUAAAAGCUUUUUAUCCCAAUGGAUCUUUUAACAGUGUGACAACGAGGAGCAUUUAGUACAGAGCAGUCCUCCACCAAUAUGAUUAAACCAAUGAGGGAAUAAAACACUUUAGUCUCAGAUUGAUUUAACUUGUGGAAAAAGCUAACUGUUCAUUCUUGCAGGUCGCAUUUUCACUCAAUUAGGAAUUUUGAAUGAUUUAUAUCUGGCAUGUCGUGAGCUUUUAUUAAAAAACAGUUGUUUGUGAUUGCGAAACGAUUCUGUUUACCUUGUUAUUUCCCCAAUGAUCUGUUUGUGGAAUACUUUUCCUUGUCCCUAAAGAAAAUAGUACACAUGCCAUUGAAUGAGAUAGUCUUGAUGCCAUGCCAGGUGUGUGUGUGUUUGUGACAUUAUGUUUCCCUGUGGAACUUCUGUAGGAUUUCUACUCAGAAUAUUUGUAUUUGUAUUUAUUAUGGAUCCCCAUUAGUUCCUGCCAAGGCAGCAGCUACUCUUCCUGGGGUCCAGCAAAGUUAAGGCAGUUAUACAAUUUUUAAAACAUUACAAUACAUUCAUAACAGAUCUCACAACACACUGUGUGCCCUCAGACCCCUAAUCCACUACCACAUAUCUACAACACAAAAUCCAUGUGUACGUGUGUGUAUAGUGCGUAUGUUAUCAUGUGUGUGUAUGCAUGUGUCUGUGCCUAUGUUGUGAUAUGAAAUCUUCCGAAAAGGGAAAUCAUUGUUCACUCGUAGGAUAGAUUUACUAUCAUGUUAUUCAUUUUAUAUACACUGAGUGUACAAAACAUUAGGAACACCUUUCUAAUAUUGAAUUUCACACCCUUUUGGUCCUCAGAAUAGCCUCAAUUCAUCGGGGCAUGGACUCUACAAGGUGUCGAAAGCGUUCCACAGGGAUGCUUGCCCAUGUUGACUCCAAUGCUUCCCAAAGUUGUUUCAAGUUGGCUGGAUGUCCUUUGGUUGGUGGACCAUUCUUGAUACACACGGGAAACUGUUGCGUGUGAAAAACCCAGCAGCAUUGCAGUUCUUGACACACUCAAAACGGUGCGCCUGGCACCUACUACCAUACCACGUUCAAAGGCACUUACAUAUUUUGUCUUGCCCAUUCACCCUCUGAAUGGCACACAUACACAAUCCAUGUCUCAAUUGUCUCAAGGCUUUAAAAUCCUUCUUUAACCUGUCUCCUCCCCCUCAUCUACACUGAUUGAAGUGGAUUUAACAGGUGACAUCAAUAAGGGAUUGUAGCUUUCACCUGGAUUCACCUGGUCAGUCUAUGUCAUGGAAAGAGCAGGUGUCCUUAAUGUUUUGUACACUCAGUGUAUCUACUAUUUAUUAUCAUAGAAUAGAUACACUGUGUGACUGAGAUAUUGGUCCAUUUCAUUGUUCAUGUUAGGUUUAGUAUCUGAACUUGACUGGAAUUUCUGGGUGAAAUAUUUUUGUGGUGAUAACUGUUAUUUUAGAGUUUGUUGUUUUUCACAAAAGGGCUUUUUAAUCUAGUCGCUUACAUGUGUGUUUGUAGACACACACACACACACACACACACACACACACACACACACACACACACACACACACACACACACACACACACACACACAUCACCACAAUAGGCCCUUGGGGGUUUGCAUAAUCCCAAUGCACCAGCUGCCUCAGUGCUGACCUCUGACCAGUAGGCCCCAUUGUAGAGUGAAAGGUCAAACGGAGAUGAAGUGCAAUCACAGCCUGUGAUAAUGGUGGAGAUCUCCCUGGGGAACACCCUUAUGGGCCACCAGCAACCCAUCUAAAUGAAUGGAUUUUAUAUCCAGAGUAUUAUUAGUAAUGUAUCUGUAUUCUUCUGUUACUGUAAUGCUUUCUAAGACAUUAUUAUGUCCUUUACUCCAACAGGCAUGAAAGAAUCAAUACUCGUAAAACACUCAUAAUAGAGAGAAGUCCUGAUGAUGAUCUGGUGAACCUGGAGUUUCUAGAUGAGGUAAGAUUUCAUUCUUUGACUUCAUUGUUGUUGGACUAGAGGAUGGUAUGUGAAUAAUGUAGGUAUUGUACACGGUACACACUGUAUGUGUUCUCCUUCUUCUUCUCCACAGGAGACCAUCAUCAAACACCUCUCGAAGAGAUAUGAUGAGCUGCAGAUAUACACAUACGUUGGAGACAUCCUCAUCGCUCUCAAUCCUUUUCAAACUCUAAGCAUCUACUCGCCACAGGUUUGUUUGCUACGGCAGUGCCAUUGUGUGCCGUAAUUCCUGUUCAAACCUCUGUAAAGACAGAACGGUAUUGAUAUUCUAAUGUGGGGUGUCUGUCCACAGUUCUCUAAGCUGUACCAUGGGGUGAAGCGAGCAGACAAUCCUCCACAUAUCUUUGCUGCUGCUGAUGCAGCAUACCAGGGCAUGGUGACCUUCUGCAAAGACCAGGUACUUGAGGGGGGGAUACACUUUGUGUGGGGAAGUCAUAUUUAGUGAUAUGCCGUUUCAUAUGGAUAAUGUUAUAUUUGGCAUAAAAUAAAUACAAAUCUUUGUUUAGAGAUCUAGUGAUGUGCUUGUCUGAGACAUCCUGAUGACAAAGUUGUGGUUGAUGUGUCCCUGUGUUUCAGUGCAUCAUCAUCAGUGGAGAGAGUGGAGCUGGAAAGACAGAGAGUGCCCAUCUGAUUGUCCAGCAUCUCACCUUCCUGGGAAAGGUACUGCGUAUGUGCUAAGACAUCAGUGGAAUUCAUUAUAGAAUGGGCAGACUGGACACUGAUAGAUUCAGUCCUACACAUUUAGUUUGUGUUGUCUCUGGAGGGAGUUAUGCAAAAACUAUUGCUUGACUGUGAUCCCAGGCAAACAAUCGGACGCUGCGGGAGAAGAUCCUCCAAGUGAACCCCCUGGUGGAGGCAUUUGGCAACGCGUGCACGGCCAUUAACGACAACUCCAGUCGCUUUGGGAAGUACCUGGAGAUGAAGUUUACCCCCACCGGGGCCGUCAUGGGGGCCAAGAUCUCAGAGUACCUGCUGGAGAAGUCCAGGGUCAUCAAACAGGCCACGUAAGAAUGGAAAGAUGGGCUUGGGAUAUAUUAUUAAUCACAACUGUUAUCCUCAUUUGAAGUUCACUGGCUAGAUGGUUAACCGUUUCUUUUUAUGCUCUUAGGGGAGAGAAAAACUUCCACAUAUUCUACUACAUCUAUGCCGGUCUGUAUCACCAAGAGAAGCUGAAAAAGUACAGAUUACCUGACAAGAAACCCCCCAGGUUAGCAUUUCAUCACUUUACUUGGCUUUGAUGACUUGGCACCUCAAUAUGGCCUGAAUAUAGUGAGUUAUUUCUUAUCACUUGACUAAUGCAGAAACUGGCACUGAAAACUGUAUCUGUCUAGAUAUAUUCAAAAUCAACAUGGCAAAGUGAUGCAGGACAUUGUCUCCAGUAAACUGUACAAGGAGCAGUUUGAUGCCAUUCAGGACUGUUUCCGCAUCAUUGGCUUCACUGACGAGGUAGGUGCAGUUGCUCUGUUCAUUUAAAAGUAAAUGUGUGAACAUAUUUUCUCCUAAAACAAAUAAGACAAAGAGAACAUAUGUCUAAAUAUCCAUAGCAUUUCUUCACUCACUGUACACUGAUUUAUGUGCUUACUUUUUUAACAGGAGGUCAAUUCUGUGUACAGAAUUCUCUGCGCCAUUUUGAAUACAGGAAAUAUUGAAUUCACUGCCAUUACUUCCCAACACCAGACUGAUAAAAGUGAAGUGCCUAAUGUUGAGGCCUUAGAAAAUGGUAAGACAACUGUACUUCAGUAUUAUUAGCAAAAGCUAUUUUGUUAUUGCUCAGGUUAAGAAUUGAUAGUAACAUUCCCACCUAUUGGUGAAUUUACACAGUAUGGCUGAAUGGUUGUUUCCUUGCUGCUCUGUGUGACUCUGACAUGCACCUGCCCUGUCCCUCAGCUGCAGCCUUGCUCUGCAUCGGUCCUGAGGAGCUCACAGAGGCCCUGACGUCCCACUGUGUGGUGACCCGUGGAGAGACCAUCAUCCGCACCAAUACUGUAGACAAAGCCACCGAUGUCCGGGACGCCAUGUCCAAGGCUCUGUACGGACGCCUCUUCAGUUGGAUAGUCAACCGCAUCAAUGCCCUCCUGCAGCCUGAUAUGAAUAUCUGGUAAGUGUAAGGUCUCUCUGUCCUUGGUUAUUGCACUGUGCUUCACACUACUGUGUGUGUGUGGAUGCUGCUGCAUAUUAUUAAGCUGUAGUGACCUUUACGUCUGAGUAGAGAACCAAACACAUGGAGUAGAAUAUCAAUGGACAGCACAAGACAAGAAAGGGAGCUAAAUAAGUAGAAUAAAUGUUUUAUACAGAGUUACGUGCUGAGGAAAUAUUAUUCAGAUGAUUAAAAAGACUUCAGAGAGACUGUAAAGGGUUGUUCAUUGAUCCAAAAUAAUUCCCUCAUAAAUGUGAGCAUGGACUGUCAGGCAAUCAUCUGCUGUCUCUGAGCUGUAGAAGGCCCACAGUGUCCGUUUCCACUUCAAUCAUCUGUACACUCUGUUAUUGCCAUUAAUAACCUGUUAACCAAGACAAAAGGUGACCUCUAAUAUCUUGGUAAUGAAAGGGAUUAUGGGAAAUGGUGACUCUCGAUCUUAGCAAUACCGGAGUAAAAUCACUCUGUGCAUAUGUGUUGUAAGGUCUGUAUUUAGAGUAGACCUAAAUACAGUAUUGUUUAGAUCACAGUUAAAUACAGAUUUUAAUUUAGUAUCAAUCUGUUUGUACAACCCUUACAAGCAAUUAACAUUUUAUAAUCAAUUGAUUGUAGUCAAGGAUCUCUGAACUUUCAUCACUUUUGUUUAAAAGUUUAUGAUUAUGAUUUCCCCAUAACAGUACAAUUGGCCAUUCAGAUCAACAUAUUCUGUAUUUGGGUUGAACUUGGUUCAUCAUUAAAGUUUCAUAAGUCAAUGUGGUUCACACAGUUCCACACAAGAAUAAUUGUGUUUGUCUGUCCUGUUAUUCCCCUUUGAAGUGUGGCAGAAAGUGGCAUGAAUGUGGGAAUCCUGGACAUCUUUGGAUUCGAGAACUUCAAGAAGAACUCCUUUGAGCAACUCUGUAUCAACAUUGCAAAUGAACAGAUUCAGUUUUACUUCAACCAACACAUUUUUGCCCUGGAACAGGUGAGCCUGCAGAUAGGGUGGCUCAUGUUUUAGAGAAUCUAGAUGUUUCUCCAACUCCAGUAAGUUCAUUAACCGUGACAAAUGAAGGUAUACUUUUUAUUGUGUGUAGUACAUAUUGACAAUUUUUGUUGAGCAUCAUUUUGUAUAUUUAAAAUCCCGAUAUAGUAUGCCGGCUUGUUCAUCAAUCACAGAGGAAGUGUCUCUUAAUGAAACGUUGUAAUUCAGUGUUAUCUUCUUCAAAGCUUUUAUAUGGUGUUAACAUGAAUGUUUUGCUCCCUUACAUACUAGAGAUUAUAACUUUUUGGGCAACCUGACCAAAUUCACAUAGAAAUGUGGUUAUAGAUCUGUCAUUCUCAUUGAAAGCAAGUCUAAGAAGUAGUAGGUAGAUCUGCCUUAUGUGCGCUAUUUCUAUGCUUCCUGUUCUUACAUUUCUUUUCUGUGUCUUUUUCUUUUGGUUUUAUACACCAGCUUCAAACAGCUGAAAAUACAAUAUUUUUGCUUUUGGAAAAUAUAUUUAAUAGCGGCUUAGAUGGUACAAUGAUUCUCUCUCUACACUAUACUUGCUUGUUUUGUCACAUAAACUCAAAUUAGGCGAGCUAUUAGAAUUUUAACAACCAUGAAAUGGCGGAGCGAUUUCUGCAUAGUGCAUCUUUAAUUGAUUUAAUGAAGCUUUUUACCCUGGAGUGUGGGAGCUUUUCGUUUUCACUGACAACACUGUAUAGACAUUAAUCAAGAGCACUUUUUGCUGUUAUGUCCUUUUGUCUUAAUGUUUGCUCUCUAGCAAUUCCUCUCAAGGGAAUUAGAGAGAGCUGGUAUUUAUGAUGUGAUCACUUUAUUCAGUCUAAUGAAUAGAGAAGAACUUAACUAUAUUGGGGUUGUGUUCUGAAACGGUCCUGUAUAUUUACUGUAUGUGUCUUUUAGGAAGAAUUUGUAUACCAAGGCUUAACUAGGCAUACUUAAUUCCUGGUUCUUAACUUGGCAACUUUCCUGCAUGAUUUAUUACGUAGAAGUAUUAGUUGCUUUCGAUGUAGGGCUAGUGCUUAGCGGAAAAGGGAUUUUUAUAAUGUGAAAAUGGCUUCAAUCCAGUGGUACACAGAAGCUGAUUAUUCUAAGUUAAUGAUUUAAACAUGAGGACGGUUUAGAUCCAUUGGUACCACUUUAUUAGUAAAAUAUAUAUUUAAAAUAACUUUUUGAUCUAAAUUAAGCAUAUGCAAUAAUGUGAUCUGAUUCUGGGUUAUUUGCAAAUGGAACUAAAUUAUGAAUUAGUACGUGGCUCUAUUUGUUAUUUCAGAACAGUUCUGUAUAAUUUCAGCGACUGACUUUAUUAUAAAGUUCAGCCAUAGAAAAAGAACUGGAGUGUCUCUCUGCAGCACAGUGGUGCUGUUGCUUAAGAACUGUAUAUAUUUUUUAACAUGCACAAAUCCUAUUUAGCCUAGAUUGUUUCAUUGGGUUAUUUAGUGAAAUCAUUAACUGUGCAAUGUUCUAAGUUCUGUGUGUUUUAAUUAGAUGGAGUACCAGAGCGAGGGGGUGGAUGCCAGCCUGGUGGAGUAUGAGGACAACCGUCCUAUCUGGACAUGUUCCUGCAGAAGCCCAUGGGCCUGCUCUCUCUGCUGGAUGAGGAGAGCCGCUUCCCUCAGGCCACCGACCAGACCCUAGUGGGUAAGACAAAUUGAAUCAAUUUUUAUUUGUCACAUAUGCUGAAUACAAUGGCAUCAGGAUAGAUAAUAAUGAGAGUAAAAUUAAGAACGUAGCAGCAGCAUAUGAUGAGUGUAAAUGUGUGUGUGUGUGUGUGUGUUUUGUUGGUAUGCGUGUGUGUGUUAUGUGUGUGCGUAUGUAGUGUAUGUGAAUGUGUGUAGGUUUUGUGUGAGUGUCAAGGUAGCGUGAGUGUGUUUACAGGGUGUAUAUAUAGUAUUGUGAGACUAUACAGUGCAUUCGGAAAGUAUUCAGACCCCUUGACUUUUUCCACAUUUUGUUACUUUACAGCCUUAUUCUAAAAUUGAGUACUUUGUUGAAGCACUUUUUUUGUAUUUUUUUUUUUUACAUUUUAAUCAUUUAGCAGACGCUCUUAUCCAGAGCGACUUACAGUUAGUGCAUACAUAAUUUUAAUUUUAUUUUUUUCAUGGCCCCCCCGUGGGAAUCGAAACCCACAACCCUGCCGUUGCAAACUCCAUGCUCUACCAACUGAGCUACAUCCCUGCCGGCCAUUCCCUCCCCUACCCAGGACGACGCUGGGCCAAUUGUGCACCGCCCCAUGGGUCUCCCGGUCGCGGCCGGAUACGACAGAGCCUGGAUUCGAACCAGGAUCUCUAGUGGCACAGCUAGCACUGCGAUGCAGUGCCUUAGACCACUGCGCCACUCGGGACACAGCACCUUUGGCAGCGAUUACAGCCUCAAGUCUUCUUGGGUAUGACGCUACAAGCUUGGCACACCUGUAUUUGGGGAGUUUCUCACAUUGUUCUCUGCAGAUCCUCUCAAGCUCUGUCAGGUUGGAUGGGAGCAUCUAUGCACAGCUAUUUUCAGGUCUCUCCAGAGAUGUUCAAUAGGGUUCAAGUCCAGGCUCUGGCUGGGCCACUCAAGGACAUUCAGAGACUUGUCCCGAAGCCACUCCUGCGUUGUCUUGGCUGUGUUCUUAGGGUCGUUGUCCUGUUUGAAGGUGAACCUUCGCCCCAGUCUGUGGUCCUGAGUGCUCUGGAGCAGGUUUUCAUCAAGUAUCUAUACUUUGCUCUGUUCAUCUUUCCCUCAAUCCUGACUAGCCUCUCAGUCCCUGCACCUGAAAAACAUCCCCACAGCAUCAUGCUGCCACCACCAUGCUUCACCAUAGGGAUGGUGCCAGGUUUUCCUCCAGUCGUGACGCUUGGCAUUCAGGCCAAAGAGUUCAAUCUUGGUUUAAUCAGACCAGAUAAUUUUGUUUCUCAUGGUCUUUAGUCUUUAGGUGCCUUUUGGCAAACUCCAAGUGGGCUGUCAUGUGCCUUUUACUGAGGAGUGGCUUCCGUCUGGCCACUCUACCAUAAAGGCCUGAUUGGUGGAGUGCUGCAGAGAUGGUUGUCCUUCUGGAAGGUUCUCCCAUCUCCACAGAGGACCUUUGGAGCUCUGUCAGAGUGGCCAUCGGGUUCUUGGUCACCUCCCUGACCAAGGCCCUUCUCCCUUGAUUGCUCAGUUUGGCCGGGUGGCCAGCUCUAGGAAGAGUCUUGGUGGUUCCAAUCUUCUUCCAUUUAAGAAUGAUGGAGGCCAUUGUGUUCAUGGGUACCGUCAAUGCUGCAGAAAUGUUUUGGUACCCUUCCCCAGAUCUGUGCCUUACACAAUCCUGUCUUGGAGCGCUACGGACAAUUCCUUCGACCUCAAGGCUUGGUUCUUGCUCUGACAUGCACUGUCAACUGUGGAACCUUAUAUAGACAGGUGUGUGCCUUUCCAAUUCAUGUCCAAUCAAUUGAAUUUACCACAGGUGGAUGCCCAUCAAGUUGUAGAAACAUCUCAAGGAUGAUCAAUGGAAUCAGGAUGCACCUGAGCUCAAUUUCAAGUCUCAUAGCAAAGGGUCUGAAUACUUAUGUAAAUAAGGUAUUUCUGUUUUUUAUUUGUAAUAAAUUCCCAAAAAGUUUUUGCUUUUUCAUUUUGGGGUAUUGUGUGUAGACUGAUGUGGAAAAAAAAAUAUUUAAUCAAUUUAGAGUAAGGAUAUAACGUAACGAAAUGUGAAAUAAGUCAAGGGUUCUGAAUACUUUCCGAAUGCACUGUACAAUACACAAGGCCUCAGAAGCAGAUCAAGUCAAGUCCAUGUGUACUAAAACAACCAAAGCCUUGUAAAGAAGCCUUGCAUAGAAGGCUGUGAAAAGAUCUAUGUUUGAUCAAGCAGUUGAUUUUUUGUUUUUGUUACCCACAAAAUAUGUUUUCUCUUCAGAUAAAUUUGAGGACAAUCUGCGUUACAAGUACUUCUGGAGACCAAAACGUGUUGAGCUCUGCUUUGGAAUUCAGCAUUAUGCUGGAAAGGUAUGGAUCAGUAUGUUUCAUUGCUGUUUGCCGACUGAUACAGUUGGAUAGGUUGUCUUUUGUCAGGUGUGGUUUGAGUUGAUUAUCCCUGUGCUGUCAUGCAGGUCUUGUACAAUGUGAACGGGUUUCUUGAGAAGAACCGAGACACUCUCCCUGCAGACAUUGUUGUGGUUCUGAGAACAUCAGAGAACAAACUUCUGCAGCAGCUGUUUUCAAGUCCAUUGACAAAAACAGGUAGGUCUCAAGACAUGCAAUAA